AGAGACGAACAGUAAGUGUAUCUAUCCCCUUCCGCAGAGAGAAAUGGAGGAUUGUGCCGAGAAAACCAUAUAUUCCGGCCAAUUAUCUCACAAGGUCGUAGCGAUUGCUGCUGGAGAAGCCCAUAAUCUUGCCCUUGCCGGAGAUGGGUCUGUAUACUCGUGGGGAAGGGGAACAUUCGGGCGGCUGGGGACGGGCAAGGAUAACGAUGAGCUUCUUCCGGUUCGAAUCGAGUUCGAUAUAUCGACUAAAAUGAAGCUCUGCGCAGAGAAAUCUGUUGUGCGGGAGAGGCCCAAGUUCGUUGAAAUCGCAGCUGGUGCUUAUCACAGUCUCGCUUUAGAAGAUGAUGGCUCAGUUUGGUGCUGGGGCUAUAAUGUCUAUGGCCAGCUUGGUUUAAAUGUGGAAAAUUCUAUGGUUCCCUGUUUCUUAGAGCAGUUCCUUGAGUUGGGUGUUCCAGAUGAAUCAAAUGCAAACAGUAAGACACUUUUGAAGGUUCGAUGUAUCAAAGCUGGAGGAAUGAUGUCUCUGGCAAUUGAUAUUCUGGGGGCCCUCUGGAUGUGGGGAAACUGUCCUCAGCUGAGCAAAAUAUCUGAUGGAGAGUUUAUUCUUUCUAGCCAUCCAACACCAUCACCUGUAUGGGAUUUCCAUGGCCACACUGUUGUUAAGGUGGCAUGUGGAAAUGAACAUAUUAUAGCCUUUGUUAGUGCAGGAGAAACAUUUACAGGAAACAAUCUCAUAUGCUACUCUUGGGGUAACAAUAACCAUGGCCAGUUGGGUUUGGGGGACAAGGAGAGCAGAUCUCGUCCUGCAAUCGUGGAGACUUUUAACCUGGAGUCCCCUUGGGAAGUGUAUGAGGUUGCAUGUGGGGCAUUUCAUACUGCUGUACUCGCACACAAAAGGAUACAAAGUGACAUGGUCGAUUCCUCUGACCUCAGUAUUGCUGGGCAAGAGAAAAAAAGUACAUGCUGGACAUUUGGCCUUGGGGAUAAUGGGCAGCUGGGGCAUGGAACCACCAAGAGUGUGUGCUUACCAGAACCUGUGAAAGAUUUGCCACAAAAUGUGUCGUUGACUUCUAUUAGUUGUGGCUUAUUUCACACUUGUGUUGUUUCUUCAGCUGGAGAUGUUUGGUCAUGGGGGAUGGAAAAGGGUCUUGGCCUUUGCCCAGAUGCCAGCUUUACUGGAACCGAUACAGGGGAUGCACUCUCUCCUCUGAGGUAUGGGUCUAAGUUUGCAAGGCCAGUACAAGUUGCAUGUGGAGCUGCCCAUAUUGUUCUUGUUUCCCAUGAUGGAUAUAAGCUCUGGUCAUGGGGUAGAGGAUGGAGCGGUGUUCUCGGAAGAGGUAGCAUGGUUGACAGCUAUGUUCCCACUGUUGUGAUGUGGCCACCACUGGAUGAGGAUUUCAAGGAAUGCUUGGACAAAGAAAGUGGGAAAGAAAAGGUUGGGGGCCAGGAAGCAGAAAUAGCAACAGAGUUGGAGAAAAAAUUGUCCUCUGCUAUGGAGGAGGUGCAGCUCCUCCGAUCAAAAUUGAAUCUCAUGGAAAAAUAUGCCAGCAUUCUACAUGGUUCUAUCUUUGGUAAACCUUUCGAGGAGCAAGAUCUUCCACAAUCACUGCAGAGUACAGGUAUUUUUGACAUUGCCAAGGAAUGGGAGAACAUGCUGGAGUCGGCUGAAGAUUGGAAGCUUACCAGGUUAGAAACGUUCUAUCAAAAAAUGUUGGCUGGUGUGAAGGAUAAGCUGAUGAAAAGAAAGAUCCAGGAAAUGAUCAGGGAGUGUCUCCAUUAUUCAAACUAUGGGAAACCAGGUACCCAUGUAGAAUAAUUAUCAGAUGUGUCUAUAUCUUCAUGAGACUGCAGCAUAUCUUGCAUUCCUCAUAGUUGCUUGCCACUGUACAUAUAUGAGAUUGCUGAGCAUUUUCUCCACAUAUGCUUGAGUUCUUGAGAUAAAUUUUACAGGGGUACAUAAUGUGCUAUGGUGGUCACAAUUUGAGCUUGUUGGUCUCUGCCUGUUAAGUAAGAGAUGCACUUAUUGUACUCAUAUUCAUCAGGUUUUGUUAAUCAUUUGAUUUGUGCAAAUUGAAGUGUUGUUUACUCAGUUGGAUCCACUUUGUUC